AAAAUAGUAAAAUUAAAAAGUAGGUGGGCCUUUAUGCAAGGUAAUUAUAUUACAAAGGACUUGAAAUUAAAACCAAAAGUAAGAACAAACCGGUUCGCAUGGUUUAAAUAAUCUGUGCUCGAGCGGUCAAAUUGUAAAACCACCAAAUAAUUCUUCGUCUCCCUCACCGUCGCGGCGUCGCCACUCGCCGUCACAACCACCGUCGUUCAACAUCACUGUCACCAAAAGAAUCACCGUCGUUCGGUCGUGACGUGUCUGGACCUAUUUCAUCUCUUUGCUCGUGACUCUAAUGGAGGAGGGACGUCAAAAAGACUUGCAAUUGUUGGAGGAGAUUAUCGACAAAGGUUUGAAACAGAAGCUUGUACAUGCAACUGCUUCACGGGACAAGAUCUUUGAAGAACAAAAAACACUCUCUGACUUGCGGAAAAACCUAGAAACUCUGGAGAAGAAUGGUGUAAAUAGUCUCAAAACAAGGGUCAACCUUGGUUCAGAAGUUUACAUGCAAGCUGAAGUGCCAGAUACUCGGCACAUAUUCAUGGAUGUAGGCCUCGGCUUUUAUGUGGAGUUCACACGGCAAGAAGCUCUUGACUAUAUAGCACAAAGGGAGGAAAGAACUCAAAAACAACUAGAAGAGUAUACUGGUGUUAUUACGCAGAUCAAAGGGCGCAUCAAACUGGCUCAUUACCAGAUUCAGCAAAUACUCAAUCUUCCUGAAGAGAAUCCGUCAUCCCGGCAACGUGCGUUUUAGUACACUACCUAGUGGAAAGUUGAGGAUUUUCUCUUGCAGUCUUAUCUUCUCGAUUUGUUCUGCUUACUGUUUUGAGUUUUUAAAGCAGAGAAUUAACUUAGUUUGUUCAAUACUAACUCUUUCUCCGGAAUGGACCAAACUGUUGGUGUUAGAUAAACAUAUCGAUUAAGCAAUCAAAACUUUAUAGAAUGACUAUUGUUGUGGGGGUGAAUAGUGAAUCGCACUCUGUUAAAUCUGCC